GCCUCGGGCGCUGGGAGACGGCUCGCGCGCCCCCCCGGCGGCCGAGCGCGCAGGCGCGGGUCCUAGUAACCGCCGGUUGGAGGCGGCCGGACCGCAGUGGAGAGACGGAGGCGGCGGGACGCGGGAGCUGCGGCGCGGCGGCCUCUUCCCUCCGCGGUCGCCCCACGCCCUGCCCCGGACGCUCCGGGUAGCGAGUGGGUCCUCUCCCCUUUGCCCCCGCAGGAGUCGCAGGCGCAGCAGCGACGGCCCAGCGAAGGACGCGGCGCCCGCUCCCCAGGCUAAGGCGCCGCCGCCGCGACCUUCCGGCGGCGGGAUGUCGGUGGUGGGCAUUGACCUCGGCUUCCUCAACUGCUACGUGGCCGUGGCGCGCAGCGGCGGCAUCGAGACCAUCGCCAACGAGUACAGCGACAGGUGUACCCCGGCCUGUAUAUCUUUGGGAUCAAGAACUCGAGCCAUUGGAAAUGCAGCUAAAAGCCAGAUAGUCACAAAUGUAAGAAAUACAAUUCAUGGCUUCAAAAAACUUCACGGGCGAUCAUUUGAUGAUCCCAUUGUGCAAACUGAAAGAGUCAGGCUUCCUUAUGAACUGCAGAAGAUGCCCAAUGGAAGUGCAGGAAUUAAGGUGCGGUAUCUAGAAGAAGACAGACCUUUUGCAAUUGAGCAAGUUACUGGAAUGCUGUUGGCCAAGCUUAAAGAGACUUCAGAAAAUGCCCUGAAGAAACCAGUGGCUGACUGUGUGAUUUCAAUUCCUAGCUUUUUCACUGAUGCUGAGAGAAGAUCUGUGAUGGCUGCAGCUCAGGUUGCAGGCUUAAAUUGUUUAAGAUUGAUGAAUGAAACUACUGCAGUUGCACUAGCAUAUGGAAUUUAUAAACAGGAUCUUCCCCCGUUAGAUGAGAAACCAAGAAAUGUAGUAUUUAUUGAUAUGGGACAUUCUGCCUAUCAGGUCUCGGUUUGUGCUUUUAACAAAGGAAAACUUAAAGUCUUGGCUACUACCUUUGACCCAUAUUUGGGUGGCAGGAACUUUGAUGAGGCCUUAGUAGACUACUUCUGUGAUGAGUUCAAGACCAAAUAUAAGAUAAAUGUAAAAGAAAACUCUCGGGCCUUGUUACGUUUGUAUCAGGAAUGCGAAAAACUCAAGAAGCUAAUGAGUGCAAAUGCAUCCGAUCUUCCACUAAACAUUGAGUGUUUCAUGAAUGACCUUGAUGUUUCUAGUAAAAUGAACAGGGCUCAAUUUGAACAAUUGUGUGCUUCCCUCUUUGCCAGGGUUGAACCACCUUUAAAAGCAGUAAUGGAGCAAGCUAACUUACAACGGGAAGACAUAAGUAGUAUAGAAAUUGUAGGAGGAGCAACKCGGAUUCCUGCAGUGAAGGAACAGAUCACGAAGUUCUUCCUUAAGGACAUCAGCACCACCCUAAAUGCUGAUGAAGCUGUAGCAAGAGGAUGUGCAUUGCAGUGUGCAAUUCUGUCACCAGCAUUCAAAGUGCGUGAAUUUUCUAUAACAGACCUGGUUCCCUAUUCAAUUACAUUAAGAUGGAAGACCUCUUUUGAAGAUGGAACUGGGGAAUGUGAAGUAUUUUGUAAGAACCAUCCUGCCCCAUUCUCAAAAGUCAUUACUUUUCACAAGAAGGAACCAUUUGAUCUAGAAGCAUUUUAUACUAAUUUGCAUGAAGUGCCUUAUCCUGAUCCAAGAAUUGGGAGCUUCACUAUUCAGAAUGUUUUUCCACAGUCUGAUGGUGAUAGUUCCAAAGUGAAAGUUAAAGUUCGGGUUAACAUCCAUGGAAUCUUCAGUGUGGCUAGUGCAUCGGUAAUUGAGAAGCAGAAUGUGGAAGGGGAUCACAGUGAUUCUCCUAUGGAAACAGAAGCUACAUUUAAGAAUGAAAAUAAAGAUGAUGUGGAUAAAAUGCAGGUUGACCAAGAAGAAGGAGUUCAUCAAAAAGUUCAUGCUGAACAUACCCCAGAAGAGGAAAUUGAUCAUACAGGAGCCAAAACAAAGACAGCACCCUCAGAAAAACAAGAACGAUUAAAUCAGACCAUUAAAAAGGGAAAAGUCAAGAGUGUUGAUCUACCUAUCCAGAGUACCCUAUGUAGACAGCUGGGCCAAGAUCUUCUCAACAGCUACAUUGAAAAUGAGGGGAAGAUGAUAAUGCAGGAUAAGUUAGAGAAAGAAAGAAACGAUGCUAAGAAUGCAGUCGAAGAAUAUGUAUAUGAUUUUAGAGACAGACUGGGCACUGUCUACGAAAAAUUCAUCACUCCAGAAGACAUGAGUAAACUGUCUUCAAUACUGGAGGACACAGAAAAUUGGCUUUAUGAAGAAGGAGAGGACCAACCUAAACAAGUUUAUGUGGAUAAGCUUCAAGAACUAAAGAAGUAUGGCCAGCCUAUUCAAAUGAGGUACAUGGAACAUGAAGAGAGACCAAAAGCUUUAAAUGACUUGGGAAAAAAGAUUCAACUUGUCAUGAAAGUGAUAGAAGCCUAUAGAAACAAGGAUGAAAGAUACGAUCAUUUGGAUCCUGCUGAAAUGGAAAAAGUUGAAAAAUAUAUCAGCGAUGCCAUGAUUUGGCUGAACACUAAGAUGAAUGCACAGAAUAAAUUAAGUCUCACUCAAGAACCUGUGGUUAAAGUUUCGGAAAUUGUUGCAAAGUCUAAGGAGCUAGAUAAUUUCUGUAACCCCAUCAUUUACAAACCCAAACCAAAAGUAGAAGUGGCUGAAGACAAAACAAAAGCUAAUAGUGAACAUAACGGACCAAUGGAUGGACAGAGUGGAACGGAAACUAAACCAGAUGCAACAAAAGACAGCACACAGCAUACUAAAUCAUCUGGGGAGAUGGAAGUGGACUAAGUCUUAAUUUUACCUUCAUAUAAUUCAAAUAGCAAAUAGUGCAAGUAACCACAGGGUCCAUUCAUCUUUUACAUCUGGCACACAAAACAGAUAGAUGUUCCAUUGUUCUUAACUACUUUGUCAUUUGUUUUUUGAAGUAGUUUUGCAAAGUGAGUGCACCUAUCAUUUCAUUACUGCUUAUGUGAAGCUUCAGCUGAAUAUAGAUGUACAAGUCAGUUUUAGCUUUCCUGAUGUAGUUUAUAUCAAACAUGCAGAAUUGGUAUGUAAUUGGCAAUAGUCUACCUAAACCUCACUUCCUUUAUUCAGGAAAGGAUACCGUAUUGCACUAUUGUUGCAGAAGCAUAGAUUUAACUGCAUUGUAAUUUCGAAAAGCAAAAGUUGGUGUGGUUUAAAGCCACUGAGGGUACGGGCCUUUUUCUAGUUAUUGUAUUGUUAUAAUUUAAAUAUUAAAACAAAUAAGAGGUUUCUGAACAAAUUAGUCCAUCUCAUUGGUAUACCACAAGAACUCAGUUUUGUUGUCAUCUCAUAAAUGAACUAAGUCACAUGUGGAAAGAGAAAGUGCACAAUUUUAUGUUAAACUGACACCAGCAGUUUGCCUCUUUAGUUAGUAAUGUACAUUGAUGUUUUCUUAGAAUCUCUUCUUUCACUUGAAACUGUUGAUUUACUUGUCCAGAAGAUGAGCUGCUGCUGAAAUAAUGCUAGCUUGAAAGAGAAGCCUUUUUGAUGAAAUUACAUUAUGGGGAAAAUGCUGUUGACCUACUCAGACAUGCAUCUGUGAUGUUGGUACCUCAUUUCAGUUUUAAUAGUUGUGUUGGUUUUCUUAAUUGAUUUUGUUCAUAUCUUAACACAGGGUAGGGAGAAAUGGCACAAUGCAUUGCACAAUAGUAUCAUUGAUUUACUGAAUGUUACAAUAUAAACACUAUUAAAUAAGCAGUAAUACUGAAAAGGAGCACUUAUACCAUAAGACUUAGGAAAUAAUGGUUGUAAUAAACUUAACUGUGUUACAUAUCAAUAGGCAAAAUAUAUAAUGUUACAUAGUGUGAUAUGAUGUGAUUAAAUUAUAGUUCCUGCUGUUAAAUUUUUUUGAAACCUUGGCUCCAGUUUUGGUGCUUCUUAAUUAAAUUAAAUGGGAGAAGGGACAGUAAAUUUA